AAUAAAAACAGCAACACCAGACUCGGAGUGGGGGGAAAGAGCAGAGUCGUCUCCCCUCUUGUUAUGACACAGCGUCUCCCCCGUAUCUUUUUACCUUUCUCACUCUGCUUGUCCGCUCUUUGAGACCUCGGGGAAGAGGUAAUUAGCUGGGAGAGAAUAAAACCAGCUGAUCGGGAGAGGGGUGGUGCAUUCUGGAGAGAGAUGGCUGACAGAAACAGUCUCUUGCUCGUCUGUGGAGUCGUCCUCCUUGGGUUGAUUCAGUCUUCUCUUCAAGGAGGUGUCUAUGUGCCACCUGGUUCUGGAUAUAGGCCAGGCGCUCCUUUGCCAGGGACUGGAUAUUUUCCAGGGUCAGCUGGAGGUGGUCCUGCAGGCUAUAAACCAGCAAAACCUGGAGCCGUAGGAGGUUAUGGCGGUGGAGGCCGAGGUGCUGGGACCGGCGGUUUGGUACCAGGAGGAAUGGGAACGGGCAACCUUGGCUACGGAGGGCUGUCAGCAGGACAAGGAGGAAAGCCUCCAAAACCAGGUUAUGGAAAUCUAGGAACUGGGAUCGGCGGUUAUGGAGGAUAUGGUGGCGGUACUGGAGGGUUUUACCCGUCACAAAAAGCUGCUGCCAAAGCAGGUGCUGGAGCAGGAGUGGGACCUGGAGGUGCUGGAACUGGACCCUCUGUGCCCGGUGGAGCACCUGUUAUUCCUCAGACAGGCCUUCCAGGAGGAGCUGGUGGUGCAGCAGGGAAGAAAGCUGCCAAAGUGCCAGGUGUGGGUGUCCCUGGACUUUACCAAGGAGGAAUUGUACCAGGAACUGGGUUUGGUGGCCGUGGAGUUCUGCCUGGGGUCGCGACUGGAACAAACCUAAAUCCCAAAUCAAUUGGAGGACAACAGGGGGGCCAAGUCCCAGGAACCAGGGGGUUUGGUGGGCCAAUGCAGCCAGGUGUAUUUCAUGGCUACCCCCUCAAAUCACCCAAAGCGCAAGGGGGCUACGGUGCUAAACCUGGAGGUGGCAAAGUUCCCUAUGGUUACGGGGGUUAUGGUGUUGGUGGAGCUGGACUUCCAGGAGGAAAAACUGGUCCUGGAUCAAAACCUGGUUAUCCUGUUGGAACUGGAGUGGGUCCUGGAGGCAUCUUAUCUUCUCAAUCUAAAGCUGCUAAAUAUGGUGCUGGCGUUGGUGGUGUUGGAGGCGUUGGUGGAGUUGGAGGAUUUGGAGGCGUUGGUGGUGUUGGAGGUGUUGGUGGUGUUGGAGGCGUUGGUGGUGUUGGAGGCGUUGGUGGUACUGGUGGACUGUAUCCAGGGCAGGUGCCAGGAGGAUAUGGACCUGGGUCCAAGGCUGCUAAAUAUGGAGUACCGGGAGGAGUACCAGGAGGAGUACCAGGAGGAGUCCCAGGAGGAGUACCAGGAGGAGUACCAGGAGGUGCACCAAUUGGAGUUCCAGGGGGAGGUGGAUACCUCCAACCAGGAAAAGCUGCCAAAUAUGGACUAGGUGGAGUCGGAGGAACAGGAGUAGCAGGAAUAGGAGGAGUGGGAGGUGGAGGAUACUCUCCUGCUUCCAAGGCUGCUAAGUAUGGUGUUGUCCCAAGAGUUGGCGGAGGAGUUGGUGGUGCAGGCAUUCCUGGAACACAGUUUCUACCUGGAUAUGGAUCUUUGUCAGCCGGUGCCAAACCUCCAAAAUACGCUCCUCAAACAGGCCUUGGAGGAGUAGGAGUCCCUGGCGGAGGAGGACAGGUGCUGCCCAGCGGUGGCUAUGGUGGUUAUGGAGGCGGUGCAGGGGUCAAACCUCCAAAGUAUGGAGUUCCAGGAGGAGUUGGAACAGGAUAUGGAGGACUGGGAGGACUGGGAGGAGCAGGAGGAGGGCCUUUUGUCCCAGCAGGGGGACAAUACUCUGCAGCAGCCAAAGCUGCCAAAUACGGAGUUGCAACAGGAGGUGCUGGAACAGGAGUGGGAGCAUUAGGAGCCCAAACAGCCGGACAAUAUUCUGCAGCAGCCAAAGCAGCUAAAUACGGAGUUACAGGUGGUGCUGGGACAGGACUGGGAACAGGAGGACUGGGAACAGGAGGCCUGGGGACAGGAGGCCUGGGAACAGGAGGCCUGGGAGGAGUACAAGGAGGUGGACAGUACUCUGCUGCUGCAAAAGCUGCUAAAUACGGUGGUGCUGGGACUGGACUGGUACCAGGAGUAGGAGGAGGAGCAGGACUGGUACCAGGAGUAGGAGGAGUGCCAGGAGGUGGACAAUACUCUGCUGCUGCAAAAGCUGCUAAAUAUGGUGGUGCUGGAACAGGACUGGUACCAGGAGGAGGGACAGGACUGGUACCAGGAGGAGUAGGAGGAGCACAAGGAGGUGUCGGACCUGGUGUGACUCCCGACACGUCCGGCAGCGGCAUUGCAAAUGGCUCCGUGUCAGCCGUGAAACCAGGGAAGGAAGUAGGUGUUGGUGGAACUCCUCAGCCAGGGCCCACUCCUAUCGCUGCACUUAAUAAGGCCCCAGAGGUCCCACAGCCCAGUAAGACCUGCUGCUUGCCUUAAGCCUCUCACUAAACUGUGCAAUGUGGCUUAUUUAUUUUUUCAGCAGAUGUUGAAUGUUUCAUCCUUGUCAGUAUAUGUGAAUGUAAAUGUUUCACAGAUGAGCACCACUUCUCUUCCUGCACUGACAGCAUGUAU